AUGAGAAGCACUGACAUAUGCAGACUACAGGAGCUGUACGCCGUCAAGCCCGUUGGCGGCUGUGGCAACUGGCACCCCGGAUGGUACGAGGCCGGGCUGACGGCCAACGAUACAGUGCUCAUAGUUAUCUGCCCGAACUGGGAGGUGGAGGUGGACCUUCCGGCCAUGGACGAGGCUAUGAGCAAGCUUGGACCGGCCAACUGCCUGAGGCAAGUAGUCGACCCGGCCACCAAUGAGCUCCUCGUCGAGUUGACGACACUCGACUACUAUGCUAAUGUCACGGGCAGCAUACAGCGAAGGCCGCGGGCAGCAUCUUGA